AGGUUCUAGGAGAGACCGUCAGGAACCAGGGCUAGCAUCAUGGCAAUCGACCUCUACGUUUCGACGAGCAGCCCUGUGUGUGCCUACGUCCUUAUCUUGGCCAAGCGGCUCGGUCUCGAACUUAAUGUUCACACUAUCAGCAUUCGAAAUAAGGAUAAUCUCAAGGCAGAUUUCGUCCAGAUGAAUCCGCAGAAAACGGUGCCUCUUCUCAAUGACAACGGAGUAAUCUUGGCCGAAAGCCGAGCUAUAGGCAUGUACCUGGUGAAUAAAUAUGCACCGGGCAGCUCGCUCUACCCUCAAGACGCCGAGAAAAGAGCCAUUGUGGAUCGCCUAAUAUUUUUCGAAUUUGCGAGUGUGUAUGCCUCCGGUGAGAAGAUGUUUAAGGCCUACACUAAACUUCGCUACCCAUCUAAGGAAGAAAAGGAUGAUGCGUUGGAAGGAAUGAGAACGGUGGUUGAGAUGCUGAGAGGAAAGAGAUUUCUUGCCGGAGAUUCGCUCACCUUGGCGGACCUUGGGUUGUGCACAAGUCUGGAAAUGUUUUUCAGGCAAGACAUUUCAUCCGGCUUCAAGGACUUGGAACAACUCCGAGAAUAUUACGAGCGAGUAAACGCUGGAAUGCCCGAAAUACAGGAUAUUCUUUCGAAAACGAUGGAUGAACUCUGCGAUGUGAUAUGUCGGUGCAAGCGUAUAAUUGAGAUUGCCUCUUCAAAACCUGAACAGCCCCAAAGUGAGGUUGCUAAUAAUGACAAACAAAGGUAUCACAACGUAAAAUGAUUCCGCCCAGAUAAUUUUCCGAGCGGAACAAGGCUCAUAAUUUCUCAAUAUUUACGGAUAUUUAGAAAGGCGAGUUUUUCUUUGUAUAUGCUUAAGACCGUAGUUGCUGAAGAUAUGUCUCUAAUUGCUGAAGAUAUGUCUAAUUUCGCUUUAUCAAGCUUUGCUUGAUGAAGCGAAAUGAUCAGGAGUUCGUGGUUUCCUGAGAAUUGUCAGAAGUAAAAUGAAUAAACAAAUAAAAUAAAAAUAAAAAGUUUCAGAAUAA